UUCGUAAGAUUGAGAAUAACAAUAAUAGUAAGAACAUUAAUUUGGGAAACAUUGUCUUAACACUGAUUGUGAGUGAUGUGGCGCAAAUGCGAAGCGCGACUGAAGUGGUCACAAUUGCAGAUAAUGAUUCCUCUAGAAGAACAGUACGAAGGCAGUGUUGGCCUAACGCUCAAAGUGACAUCAGUAGCAGAAAAUACGUAAACGAAGGCAAAAUUUACUAGAUUGUAUAAUGUAAUGAGAUUUACAUGAUAAGGGUUUCGUAGCUCGUUUGUAGUACAAUAAUGUACUAAUCGCAGCCAAGUCACACUAAGCAUUGUAGUCAAACGCAGCCAACAUCGCUUAUCAUUUUCCACCAAUUUGAAUAAUAUGACUACUGAAAUAAUAAAUCAACUGAAAUAACAAUGAUCGCGCUGAACCUCGACUGCAUUAAUUAAUUACUUUCCAGCCGAUCUUUAAAAAAGCUGUUAUCUCGUUGUUCGCAAAAAAACAAAAAUCGAUAAACUAAUUUCGUAAAUUAAAUGGAAUUUUCCUGUAGAAGAAAAAUGAUGAAAUUGCUUUAUUAGCUAUACCAAGUGAUUGAAUAUUGAUUAAUACCAAACAAAGGAAAACAGGGUAAAGAUAUUAUUUAGCGAUGAUAAAAGAUAGAAUGCCUCAUGUUUUAUUUACGAAUAUGAUUGGAUUUUAUCGAUUGGACAUCUGUUGAAUUUACCUGUUUGCGGUUCUUAAAAUAACUACUUUAAACGCUUUAAGUGUUGAGCUCGUGGCACAAUUUCCUAAAAGGUUCACGUUUCUAUUUCUAGAAAACGUCUGUUUUUUAAAUUGAUUUAUUUAUGCAAAAUGUGUUAAGUAGGAGGUAAGCAUGAAUCACUAAAUUAUUUAUCAACUCACAAAAUUUAUGUGACACAAUUAAAAUUAAAAAGGUCGAAAUUUAUGGUUAGUUUCAAAGGCAGCUACUUGUUAUUGUGAUGUCUUGAUAAUAACUGUUUUCUUUGCAAAAACAAAGCACUCGAGAGAUUCACCUGACAAAAAUUAAUCGAUAUGGCACUAUUUUUAGAUGAAGCCUAGAUUUUGACUUAAUCUUUGAAAAAGUUUAAAAGUGGAGAAUGCAUAGGCAGCAACCAACUACCAAAAUAUUUGCACGUACAUUUUGAUUAUCAAUUCUGAUCCAAAUAUUGUAGUCAUAGCGGUCAAUAGCUACUCAAGAUAACGUACGAAAAACAUAUAAGGUCGAGAGUUUUUAAGUCGCAACAGUUCCAACUUCGUUUUCAAUCUUAACGUAAUUUUCUUUAUAAUGGACUACAAAUUAAUUCUUUUUCUUAUAUUAUUUAGCAUAAUCUGGGAAACCUCGACAGCAAUAGAGUGUGGAGAAAACGAAGAACCUACAGAUUGUCUAGAUCCUUGUUUGCCGACGUGUUUGCAGCCUUACCAUGUAACUUGCAACUUCUUUGUGUGUAACGAAGGCUGUCAGUGUAAACCAGGUUUUCUUAGAAGUGGACCUGGAGAGUCAUGUAUAGCUCCCACAGAAUGUGGAGCUUAUUGUCUAGAAAAUCAAGAAUAUACAUCUUGUGGAAGCGAAUGUCCUGAUACAUGUACUGUAAGAAAUCAGAAGUGUACCGACAACUGUGUAAUGGGGUGUUACUGCAAGAAAAAUUAUAUCCUUGAUUGGCUUAUGGGUGAAUGUAUCUUAGAAGAAUCAUGUUUUCUUGCAAGUUAAUAGCAGUAUUUAAAUCUUUUUUUUUAUGUUAAUUAUUGAGUAAUAAAUGUAUGUUUCCAGUCAA